CGAAGAUGUCGGGGAUCCUGAGUACGGUGCUGAGGCGCCUCGACAGGGACUCGUACUGCGACUUUAGCGACUAUCGCGACCAGAAAUUCCAGGGGGGGCGACACCUCCAGGAGAAAGCCUUGAAGAACUCCUGCACACUCUACGUGGGCAAUUUGUCCUUCUACACCACAGAGGAGCAAAUCCACGAGCUCUUCUCCAAGUGUGGGGAUAUCAAACGCAUUGUCAUGGGGCUGGACAAUGUGAAGAAAACCCCCUGUGGCUUUUGCUUUGUGGAAUACUACACGAGAGCAGAAGCCGAGCACGCCAUGCGGUUCAUCAGCGGGACCCGGCUGGACGACCGCGUCAUUCGGACGGACUGGGACGUAGGGUUCACGGAGGGGCGGCAGUUUGGCCGCGGAAAGACGGGUGGCCAGGUGCGAGAUGAGUACCGGACAGACUACGACGCGGGGAGAGGUGGCUUUGGCAAGAUCGUUCAGAUGCGGAACAAAAAUGCACAGAUGAUGACCUAACAGCUGGUUGGUUUUCGGGGAGGAGGGGAGGAAUCCCCUUGGUCUUCUGCGUCGCAGGAGACGAGAGGGCUGCGCCUCUUGGCCCCUCGUGUCCCAGUGACUUGCCCCUGCCCCAUCCUGGGGCGUCCCGCCUGUCCUAGCAGCCUGGAGUGCAGUGCCUCUGGAGUUGCUGGAAGGUGCAAGAGGACGCGGCGCUCGCGGGCCGCUGCUCCUGCAUGGUGGGCGUUGCCAAUGCGUCGGUUUCUGUCGGCUCUCCUUCAGAGCCCAACCCCGGUCCCGCCCCCCGGAAUUGAAAUAAACCGCCCUUUUAACA